AUGGGUUUUCCAUUGUCGAGUGUUCAUCUUGCUCAGCAAGUCACGAAUUCCAAUGAUCCAGACAUAUUACUUGAAUGGAUUUUAUCGCAUACAAAUGAACUUGAACUGAGCAGCAGUGAAAAUGUCGACGAAAAACAUCUAGCAAGACAGGCCAUUGAUAAAGUGAUAGAAUGUGGAUUUCCGAAACGUUCAGCUGAAUUAGCACAAAAAAAGACAAAAUCCAAUGAUGUACAACUAUUAAUUGACUGGAUAUUAACUCAUGAUAUAGAAGUAGAAAGGCCAGGUCCCAUAACUAGCAAUACCAAUCUACGACAAUCAAAACCGAACAAUAGUGAUACAUUCAUAAAUGAUCUAUCGAAAUUAGGUUUCGAUACAAACAAUAUUCGAUCUUGUUUAAUCGAUCUAAAUAUUGAUACAAGAAAAAUAUCCGAUUCAAAUAAAAAACAAACACAAUGUAUCAAUUGGUUGAUUGAUCAUAGUCGAAAACAAGCACAAGUUCAAGCAAAUCAGAUCGAUCGUUCAAGAAAACAAUUACGAAUGCCAAUACCAAUUGAUAUGAAUCAAUAUUCAACAAAGAAUUCUCAACCUAUAUCAAAUAAUUUUUUAAAACAAAUUCAUUUAUCCAAUCGACCGCAGACAACAAGAAUGAAUCAAAAGACACGUGAAUUGACACCCGAAGAAGCACGCAUGUUUGAUAUUGAUGAACAUUUAAGAAAACAAAAUUGGACAAUUCAUAAUCUUAGUCAAUUAAGUUUAAUACAAAAAUAUUUACAAAUCGUCUCGAAAAUAAUUUAUGAAGAUCAUCAUAAUAUUCAACGAUAUAAUGAUGAUAAUGAUGAUUUAUUCGAACCCAUUCAAAAGAUAUCAUCAAUAGAACCAAAAAAUGAACGAUCAAAAAGAGGAAUUUUUACUUUAGCCGAUCUAGUUAAACAAGAUCAAAAAGAUGAACGAUCUUUUAAAAACAAACAAUUGGAUACACCACCAAGACCCAUGUCUAUUCCAGGUGCAAUGGAUGAAGCCAAUUGGAAUACAAGUUUAUUGACCACUUUAGAUCCAAUUGCUGUUCAAUUUGAAUAUCGACCUGGUGAAAAUUAUCGACAAUUCCUUGAUCGUUUAAUAGAUAAAUGUCAAAUUCGUUAUUCUGAUCAAUCAAGCAAAAUUCGAGCCAUAUUUGUUUGGAUUACUAGUCACAUACGUUAUGAUAUCAAAACAAGUGAACGUGAUAAUUCAUUGGGCAAAACCGAACAUGAUAUGGAUACUUUAUGUGAUUUAAUACUUCAAACUUCAAUAUGUGUCUGCGUUGGUUAUGCUGUAAUGCUCAAACGUAUGUGUCAAUAUUUCAAUAUUCAAGUUGAUUAUGUUAAUGGUUAUACGAAAUUAACUAAAUCAUGUUUGAAUGAUACGAAAUACUCCAACAGUAUUGAGAGUUUAUCUGGUCAUGCAUGGAAUAUGAUUCAUAUCGAUGGGAAAGCUUAUUUUACAGAUCCCACCUGGUCAGCAGCACACUGGUCAUCAACUAAUACACUUCUCUCACCAUUUUCGAAUAC